GUUCUUCCGGGGUCACGGCUGUGUAUUUUGUAGCGUGGGGCUAAUUAUUUUAGAUAUCUUACUGCAUUCGUUUGAAUUAGAAUACAGUUUGAAUACAGCGAUACCAUUGAUACUGUAAAUCAUGAAGGGUAUUAAAUUGCUUGUUGUGCUGUUUGUGCUUUCUACAUAUUUGCUUUGCGCUAAUGCGGCCAGGAGCCGGAAAGAUUCUAGCAACCAGAAUAGUUUCAGAAGGGCGGCGAAUGGUUUCUAUCAGAUGUUGAGCAAUAUUUUUGGAGAGGACAACAUCAGAGCUUUAUAUAAGUUUUUCUCAAAGACCACAGAGCGCUUUGUUCAUGGUGUGGACUUGUUCCUGGAUACUGUAUGGAAGAUAUGGUCAGACCUGCUGGAUGUUUUGGGAAUUGACUCCUCCAACCUGAGCCACUACUUCAGCCCGGCAUCUGUCUCCAAUUCCCCAGCCCGGGCCCUGCUCCUGGUGGCUGCUGUUCUGCUCGCCUACUGGUUCCUCUCCGUUCUCCUCGGUGGCUUCUUCUAUCUGCUGCAUGCCAUCUUUGGCCGCUUCUUCUGGCUGGUGCGGGUGGCCCUCUUUGCCCUCUCCUGCCUCUACAUCCUGCAGAAAUUCGAGGGGGACCCGGAGCGUGCAGUGCUGCCCCUCUGCUUCAUCAUGGCUGUCUAUUUUAUGACAGGGCCGGUGGGCACGUACUGGCGCAAGGGUGGGGGCACCUCCCUGGAGGAAAAGAUUGACCACCUGGACACCCAGAUCCGGCUGCUCAACAUCCGACUGAGCAGGGUUAUCGACAGUCUGGAGCGCUCCAGCGACCAGUAAACUGGUCGUGACCAGCCUUGACAGCUGUAUUGUGGUGGUGGGGGGGAUUAGGG